AUUAUGGCAAAUAUUUGAAUUGAAACGUAGAGUUUUAAAUGGUUAUCGAAUUAAAAAUAAUAAAUGUAUUAAUAAUUACUGCUUAUUGCUAAGGUACAUUCGUUUUUUGAGUGAACCUAAAGGUUAAAAUACCAAGAUCGAUCCAUACUUUGAUUCUUCAACUAGUAGAAAGAAAGAACGAAAAAAAGCUAUUAUAUUAUAUUUUUCACUUUACAUUAUGGAUUUAGGAAAUGAAAAUAUUGAUUUUAUAAAAUUAAUAAAUAUCAAAGGUAAUGUGGACAAUAUAACACCUCACAAAAUUGCUGUCGUUGCUUUCAUUAGAGAAUAUGGAUUACUAAAAAUGGAGGCAAAAGAUAUGAUCGACUGCACAAUGGCGCCUAAAUAUCGAAAAGAUUUUUGCAUUCUGGCACUUAAAUUAAUUCAGUGCCCUGAUAUGGAAUUUAAGGAGUUGGAAGCACUUCUGACUGAUGGAAGAUACAACUUAUUAAGUGUUCAUCUUCAGAAUUUUUGUGUCCGGCUCCAAAAUAUAUAUGUUAAUGGAAUUAAUGCUCUUAUGGAUUGUGUUACUUCAACCAUUGAUAAGUUAAUGAUUGAACAAAGUGAAACAAUUCCUUGUGUCAUAACAAGAUGCAGUGUUUUAGGUUUCUACCUACGUAGGAUAAUGUUGUACUUGAAUAAGCUUACUUUUGUUCAAGUUGCUUCACUGUAUAAAUCCUUUUGUGUUUAUUAUCAAAAAGGAAGACCUGGAUUAAUGAUGAGAUCUUUAAGUAAAGAGAAACUCAACAAUGUAGAGGUGCCAACAGUAGGGACAGCCACAUCUCCAGUUAUACCAGAGGAAUCAAAACCUCAAGAAUUGCUUAUGAAAAUGAACAUUAUUGAGAGGGAUAACAGUUUUGAAGAAUGUCAGUGGUCUAGAAAACAAGCAGAACUCUUCACAGCUCAACAAGCUAAUUUAAUGCAAAUAAAUGAAAAAAAAGCAAUGCCGGCGAAACAGCUUCAAAAAGUUAUUAUGCAGAUAAUGAAUGAUAUACCUGAAUAUCCAGAUAUUCAUUUCCUUAGCUUUUUAAAUUGUAUAAGGAUGAAAGAGUUUUGUGGUGCUCAAGAUUCCCUAUAUAACUGUUUUGAUCGUGCUGUCUUUAAUAUGUGUGGAAAUGGAAGCAUGAUAAAUGAUAGAAAUAAGAACUUCCGCUACGCAGCACUAAAUAGAGCAGCAAUGCAUACACAAUUUGGUCAUAAGUCGGUGGCAAUGGAAGGCGUUCGUGAGGCGCUGGCGACUGCACAGGAGGCGGCGGAUAGCGCGUGCUUGGCUCACGCAGCCGCGUGGGGCUCGCUGGCCGGCGGACGGGCGCGUCGCGCCGCGCUCUUGUCGCGCGUUCCUCGCCCUCCACGCGCUGAUGCCUCCGCCAUGCAGCUCAUGGCGCAACACGCAGCCGUUAAUGCCGUCAAGCCUGCCGAAGUCUUCCAGAUUAUUACCAAAGGUGAUUUCAUUAAUUAUCGCCAUUCUAUGACCGAUUUAACUAUGGCGGGUCUAGCGAACACAGCCGCACUGUGGGGUCUCUAUGGAAAAACCGAAAUGGCAUCAAUAAAUUGUCAGUUACUCUUAAAUUUGAAUACAAAGUGCAACGUGGGCAACGGCAGCGUGUGGCAGUCGGAGGGCGGCGCGGCGGCGGCGGGCGCGCUGUGCGCGGCGGGCUGGCGCGGGCGCGGCGCGCUGGCGGCGGCGCUGGCCUCGCUGUUCGUGGCGCCGCAGGUGCUCGCCGCCGCCGCCACCUGCCGGGCCGCCGCCGCGCUGCGAGCGGAUAAAUGGGAAGAGGCAGAUCAAAGUAUACGACAGCUAGCAUCUUAUGAUCGAUGGGAAAGUCAGCUAUUGAGAGCGGAGAUGUACUUCUUAAAAGGAGAUGCAACAGGUUCCCUAGAGACUCUCCACGACAUUUUAGAUUACUGCAAAACAGAGGACGAUAGUUUGCAUUACAUGUCUCUGCGAAUAAAAGCGAUGAUAAUGAUGUCUGAAGUGCAGCAUACUUUUAGCAGCGUUCGUUCCACGAACAUCAUGCUGUUGAACGAAGCCUUGUCGCUGGCAAGGAAAUACAAUUUACAUUUUCUCGCCGCUACGGCAGAAAUGCAUAUAGCCAAUGUGCAACUUCAUAUGGGAUGUACGAAAAACGCCUUGCUUCUUGUGAGAAAAGUAUUACCCCUUGUUAUGGAACACGGAAGCGCUUACGAUAUGGGCAGAGGUCUGCUGCUGUACACCAAGUGCCGCGUAGCCACGGCGCCGCCGGCCGGCGAGGCGCGCACGCACGUGCUGCAAGCGUGCUGUGACGCACUUGAUACGGUUAAGGAGAACUUCGCUAAAGUUGGGGCACAAGCGCGUCUCCUACAUACGUGGUACUUACAGGCUCAACUCUAUAAUGAUAUUGGAAAUACAGUAGCUCGCAAUCAGUGUGCUUGGAUGUACAGACAGCUUGAAACACAAAAUCCAGUAGAGCCCAUGAAUAUGUUACAUAUUGUUUAUUAAAGUAUUGAACAUUG